CCGAGCUGCAAACAUCAUCCGCUUUGAGCGCUUAGGCGCAGUGAUUACAUCCUCUCAGAGAGAGAUAGAGAGAAAGUCUCCAGGCUUUAUUUAGAAGUUGCAUUUGUAGUAGAUUACGGCGGCUGCGUAAGAUAGGACUUUUUGCUGUCUUCUUUUUCCGCUCGCGUGGAAUUUCCUAUGUUGUUUUGUGACUUUAUGUGAAGAAGGGUCUGUCUGUUCUGUGCACAGGGAGUGUUGGCUAUGCGUCCUGGCUGCAGCCUGCAAUGUUUGCGCUGACGCCAAAACUCACAGACCGGUGCAGAAUUGAUUAAAACAGAGGAGCUCGGAUCAAAUGGCUGUGCUUCUCACAGCUGAAACGACACAAUGUUCCACUGACCCAAGGCAGAGGAGAGGAAUUUCACAAUUGGGCAGCAUUGUUGCUGUUUAUUUCACUGCCUUUCUGCGGACAGAGGAAAUGGGAAAAGCUAAUUUCUUGUAAGAAAAAGGAAUAACACUUUUUUUUGUCUUGAAGUGCACUUUGUGAGAGGGAGAGGAGAUGAUUUGGUUAAUAUUCCUGCUCUCCAUCCUGCAUGGAGCUGUUUCUCAGCUACACUACUCCGUGCCAGAGGAGCAGGAGCCUGGCUCCGUUGUUGGGAAUAUUGCAGAGGAUUUGGGGCUGGACAUUACCAAACUUUCCGCUCGCCGCUUCCAGACGGUGCCCAGUUCGCGGACACCUUAUCUGGAGGUGAACUUAGAGAACGGCGCUCUCGUUGUGAAAGAGAAAAUUGACCGAGAAGAAAUCUGCAAGCAGACCAUCCCGUGCCUAUUGCACCUGGAGGUGUUUCUGGAGAACCCGCUGGAGCUCUUUCGCGUGGAGAUCGAGGUGAUGGAUAUCAACGACAAUCCGCCCAGCUUCCCCGAGACAGACAUUUCCGUGGAGAUAUCAGAAAGCGCCAUCCCCGGGACCCGUUUCCCGGUGGAGAACGCCUUCGACCCGGAUGUGGGCACGAACGCGCUCAGCACAUAUGCCAUCACGAAUAAUAACUAUUUUUACCUUGACGUGCAGACGCAAAGCGACGGGAACAAGUUCGCGGAGCUGGUGCUGGAGAAGCCGCUGGACCGGGAGCAGCAGGCGGUGCACCGCUACGUGCUGACGGCUGUGGAUGGGGGCAUCCCGCAGCGCACCGGGACUGCUCUUCUGGUCGUUAAAGUUCUGGACUCGAACGAUAACGCGCCCACCUUUGAUCAGUCAGUGUACUCUGUGAACCUGCGGGAAAACUCUCCGGUGGGCACUCUGGUCAUUCAGCUCAACGCCACGGAUGUUGACGAGGGACAAAACGGAGAAAUAGUUUAUUCUUUCAGCAGCCACAACGCCCCGCGGAUAAAGGACUUAUUCAAUAUUGACGGCAGAACAGGUAGGAUAGAGGUGGCGGGCGAGGUGGACUACGAGGAGAGCAGCACGCAUCAGAUUUAUGUCCAGGCUAAAGAUCUGGGGGCUAAUGCGGUCCCCGCGCACUGCAAAGUGCUGGUGAAACUCGUGGACGUGAACGACAACACGCCGGAGAUCGGUUUCAGCACUGUGACCGAAUCCGUGAGCGAGCAGGACGCCCCGGGCACCGUCAUCGCACUUUUUAGUGUCUCGGACCGGGACUCUGGCGAGAAUGGACACAUGAGCUGCGAGAUAUUAGGAGACGUUCCUUUCAAACUCAAAUCCUCUUUUAAGAACUACUACACCAUCGUGACGGACGGACCGCUGGACAGAGAGAACACAGACUCCUACACCAUCACCGUGGUGGCCAAAGAUAAGGGGCAGCCUUCGCUCGCCACCAGCAAGUCCAUCAAAGUGCACGUCUCCGAUGAGAAUGACAACGCACCCCGCUUUACGCAGGCUGUGUAUGAUGUGUAUGUGACUGAGAAUAACGUGCCUGGUGCUUUCAUUCACGCUGUGAGCGCCCUGGACCCUGAUAUAGGACAAAACGCUCUUAUUACUUACUCCAUAUUGGAGUGUGACAUACAGGGCAUGUCAGUGGACACGUAUGUAUCCAUAAACCAGGACACUGGCUACCUUUACGCGCUGCGCUCUUUUGACUACGAGCAGCUGAAGGAGUUUAACUUCAUGGUGCAGGCUAAAGACGCUGGCGCCAUCGAGCUCUUCUCCAACGCCACUGUAAAUGUGAUCAUAGUUGACCAAAAUGACAACGCUCCCACUGUAAUAGCCCCCAUCGGUAAAAACGGCACAGCCAAAGAGCACCUGCCGCGCUCCGCUGAGCCUGGCUACCUGGUGACGCGCAUUGUGGCUAUGGAUGCAGAUGAUGGCGAGAACGCACGGCUGUCCUACAGCAUCCUGCGGGGCAACGAGAUGGGGAUGUUCCGCAUGGAUUGGAGGACGGGAGAGCUGAGGACAGCCCGAAGGAUCUCCCCUAAGCGGGACCCGCAGGGCUACUACGACCUACUGAUCGAAGUGAGGGACCACGGGCAGCCCCCUCUGUCCUCAUCCGCGAGUGUGAGCGUAAUGUUAGUGGACAGUGUGGUCGAAGGCCGCAGUGGGGAUCGCGGCUCGGCCUCCAAGGCGAAGGAGACCUCCCUUGACCUCACCCUCAUCCUCAUCAUCGCCCUGGGCUCCGUGUCUUUCAUCUUCCUCCUGGCUAUGAUCGUGCUGGCCGUGCGCUGCCAAAAGGACAAGAAGCUCAACCUGUACACGUGCCUGAUGGCCGGCGAAUGCUGUCUGUGUUGCGGCUCGUGCUGCAGCAGGCAGGCUCGAGGCCGAAAACAGAAGAAGCUGAGUAAAUCCGACAUCAUGUUGGUUCAGAGCACUAACGUGACGUCGGGGGUCGGGCCCGUGGGGCAGGUGCCCGUGGAGGAGUCUGGUGUGGGCGGCGUGGGAGGGGGCUUCGGCUCCCACCACCACCAGAACCAGAACUCCUACUGCUACCAGGUGUGUCUGACACCAGAGUCCGCCAAAACGGAUCUGAUGUUCCUGAAACCGUGCAGCCCGUCCCGCAGCACGGACACGGAUCACACCAACCCCUGCGGCGCCAUAGUCACUGGUUACAGUGACCAACAGCCGGACAUCAUAUCUAACGGCAGCAUCCUCUCUAAUGAGACAAAACACCAACGAGCAGAACUCGGGUAUCUGGUGGACAGACCCAGACGUGUCAACAGCUCGGCAUUCCAAGAAGCAGACAUCGUCAGCUCUAAAGACAGCGGGCAUGGUGACAGCGAACAGGGCGACAGUGACCACGAUGCCACCAACCGGGGUCAUGCCGGCGCUGACCUGUUCUCCAACUGCACGGAGGAGUGCAAGGCCCUGGGCCACUCCGACCGCUGCUGGAUGCCAUCCUUUGUGCCGUCCGACGGGCGCCAGGGGCCGGACUACCGCAGCAACCUGCACGUCCCCGGGAUGGACGCCACGCUGCCCGACACUGAGGUACCCUCCUCCGUCAACCUCUCCGAGCAACUCACCAUGACCUCGUCCACCGCCUCGUCCAACGAUAGGUCAUUCUCCACCUUUGGCAAGGACGGUCAAAGGUCACAGUCACACCAAAGCCUUCACCAUCACCUCCAUCAGCAACAGCAGCAGUACAGCUCCAGCACGCUAGAGAGGAAAGAGUAUGAUAGGGGGACCCUACCGUACAAACCCACCUUUCUCUCCCGCAAAAGGAUUUGCUAGCUCGUUUCACGUGGACCUGUCGGAGACGGCAUGAAUUUCUGUGCUAGACCACCAACUCUGAUGCUGGAGACAGCGACAUGAAACUACACAAACAGCAACCUGGACAACAGAAACCUUGGUUAAGCUUCAUUAUCUUGGGUGGCGAACUGUAACAAAGCCUUGGCAGUGGUGGUCGAGGGAGGAGAGGAGAACUAAAUACUGAGUAGCUGUUAACCUCGAGAUAUCUGAGGAGCAAUCCAAGGCCUUAUUCCUCUCAGCAGGACUGAGACCAGGGCCGAAACACUCGACAUGUGAAAAUUAUAAAUUCAUCAGCAGACGGAUUAGAGGAACUGAAACGAACAGAGGAAUAUAAAACAAGAAGAUGAGGGACCGAUUAACUCACAGAGGUGGGGUUUUUUUUUUGGACUGAGGAGUUAGCCUCUAGAGAUCUGUGUGUGCCUGUUUACAUGACGAAGAAAAAUAAUGUUUCUGUACAAACUUCAACCAAUGUCACACGGAACCCUUUAGCUAUUUCUAUGGUCACCACUAAGCCAACUGUACAGAGACUGUGUGGGGUAAAAAAUGGAGACUGAGAGAAAGAGAGAGAGAGAGAGAGAGAGAGAGAGAGAGAGAGAGAGAGAGAGAGAGAGAGAGAGAGAGAGAGAGAGAGAGAGAGAGAGAGAGAGAGAGAGAGAGCAGGUGUUGUACAGGUAUAAGAUGACACAGGAAAAAAAAGAAGGAAAAGCGGAUGAGCAGAGAUGAUGUGCAGUACUAUAAAUUCUGUAUCUCCGUUUUUUUUUGACUUGACUGUCUUUAUAUAACUUCUCUUUUUUGUUUCUGUUGUUCUUUCUGUGUGGUUAAAGUGUGCAGACUAAAGUAUUCCAACUUACUGUUAUAGACAGGAACAUGCUGUCAGGAGCCAGGUUCAGUCCUCUUUCAAGCUUAGCCACUUCAGGAAGGAGAUUUUUUAACACUGUGUAGAAAAAAGGAGAUAAAACAAUCCUCUUCAGUUUAUCAAUAAAAUAUCACAAAUGAAUGUUCUCAUUUCUAAACUAGUGACUAACAGUUCUCAAGUUCCUUCCUGAGCUGACUGCAGAGAAAGUAAAAUGAUCCCUUGAUGCCAUUGGCCUAUACAUAAACAAUCAGACACACUCAGUGGUUUUUAUCAUGUGUGCAAAGUGUUUACUGUGCUAUUUUAAAAAGCUUAUAAAUGAAUAUAAAUCUAUAUAUAACUAUAUAUAUAUAUACAAUAUACUUUUUUCUGAAAACUGUGUAACCAUUGGUUAGUUUCUACACCUCAUACUGUUAUUCAAUCUAAUAAUACCAAGUGCUACAAAAUCAAGACAUUUAUUGAUUCAAUCGAAGAGGAGUGCUUGAGCCUAAAAAGCAAACCCCUUCGCACCAACCAAGGAUUAAGUUGAUGUUCUUUUUUGAUUGUUACUUUUCACCGUUGACAGAUGCUGGGCCUUGUUGUGUGUAGCGAAGACACCAGUUGAGUUGUUUUGGCCUGUUGUGUAUUUUUACUAGCAGAAUAUGUGUUCAUGUACAGGAAGGGGGGCUAUCACAAUCGAGCUAGAUAUCAAAGGUUUUACAAUCAUACAAGAGAGGCAUAUACGGAUAAAUACGGACAUAAACAGACAAUAAAUAGUGCAAAGUAUUGCUUGCACACACACACACACACACACACACACACAUGUGCACACACGCACAGGUCAAGUGGUGAUAAAUAAACAGUGUCAUUGAAGUUC